AUAAUUAGCAAGGAUGGCCAAGCUGCAAAACUUCACUUGGGCAGUGGAGGAUAUUUUCAAGGAAACCUUCCUCAAUUACAUGAACAGCUGGAGGAGGAACAUGACAGAAGCAGCGAAUGAGCUGCAGGCUGAGGUGGCUGCUGAAAACUUUGACUACGUCAUCCUGUACCUGAUGGUGAUGAUUGGGAUGUUCUCCUUCAUCAUCGUGGCCAUCCUGGUGAGCACUGUGAAAUCCAAGAGGAGGGAGCACUCCAACGAUCCCUAUCACCAGUACAUCGUGGAGGACUGGGGGGAGAAGUACAAAAACCAGGUUCUGAACCCAGAAGAUCUCAAGUGCGUGGUCCAUGAAAACCUGGGGGCAAGGGAUAAAACAAGCCCGGAGUCACCUUGA